AUGUGUCACCAAUAUUUUAGUGAUUCUCCUCCUCUCUCGUCCCCCCCUCCACCCCCUUUCCCCUCUUCAACCCCCACCCCUUGUGCCCCCACCGCCCGCCAGGCGGUUUUCCACUGCACCACUCGUGCAGCUUAUGCUUCUGCCCUCCCGUUCUCCCCCCCACACCACCACCACCCUCCCGUCCUGAUCAUCAAUUCUUCAACCCCCACCCCUCGUCGUGGCCCCACCGCCCUCCAGGUGGUUUUCCACUGCACCACUCGUGCGGCUUCGGGCCACAUAUGGUCGGGGCGGCCGCGGCGAGUGGUGGUGGGGGAGAGCCGGCUGGUGGCAGCAUUGGAGCACGGGCUGUGCACCAUGCGGGAGGGCGAGGUGGCACUGUUCAAAGCAGAGCCCUCAGCCCACUACAGCGACCCUGCCUGCCAGAUAAAGCCUCCCCCAGGCGUGCCUGCGGAUGAGGAGCUGCAGCUGGAGGUGGAGGUGGUAUCUGCUGCUGCUGUGUGGGUGCUGGCGGGGAAGCGAGAGAAGAAGGAGGGUGGUGCAGAGGGAGAAGGGGAGGAGGGAAAGGAGGCGGAAGAGGAGGAUGUUGUGUGUGGGUAUGAGGAAGACGAACGGUUUAUCACGAAACAGACGGUUGAAGAGGGGAGAGGUUGGGAGCAGCCGAGGCCGCCGUAUGAAGUCAAGAUCAGGCUGGAGGGUCGCCCUCUGGGCUCGUCAACGCCCUUCUAUGCGCCUGGCACCGCCUCCUCCCCUCCCCUGCACCUCGCUCUGGGCUCAGCGUGGCUCCCGCCAGCGCUCGAUCUCGCUCUCUCCCACAUGCUCACAGGGGAGAAGGCCGUCGUCUUUGCCUCCUCCCCCCACACCAUCCCUCCUGCGCCUGACACCCCUCUCCCUCCACCUCCUCCUGCCAUUGCCCCUGCUCCGGGAACUGCCGAGCCUGACGCUAGGAGUGCCGAGGCUGAGGCUGGGAGUGUCGAGGCUGGGAGGCUCGGGCUGGCUGCUCCGGUGGUUGUGGUGCCGGCGCCACCAGAGGGGGUGGUGGAUGUGGAAUAUCAUGUGCAGCUGGUGAAGAUCGUGCAGGUGCGAGACGUGCUGGGCAACGGGUGUGUGAUCAAGAGAAGGCUUCAAGAUGGGACAGGCGACUUCCCCAUGGACUGUCCGCUGCAGGACUGUGUGGUGCACGUGCACAUGCGCGGCACACUGCCAGAUCAGGGCGGGGCUGAAUUCAUGGACACACGCAAAGGGAGCGAGGGCGAGGGGCAACCUGUGCAGAUCGGCACAGGGGAGGGGAGGCUGCCAGAGGCGCUGGAGGCGAGCAUUCGCCUGAUGCUGCCGGGAGAGGUGGCGCUGGUCUCGAGCACGGCGCAAUACGCCUAUGACUCCUUCCCCAGGCCAGAAGGGGUACCGGCGGGAGCGAGGGUGCAGUGGGAGGUGGAGCUGUUUGGCUUCGAGCGGCCCAAGGGCUGGGAGGGGCUGUCGUUUGAAGAGAUUCUCGCUGAAAUUGACAAAACCAAGCAGUUGGGGAAUACGCUGUACAAGGAGAAGAAAUAUAGCCACGCAUGCAGCAAGUAUGAAAGGCUGCUGAGGGAGAUGAGGCAUGUGCAUCCCAAGGAGGGCGAGGAGGCAAAGCAGUUCAACACCGUGCAGACCGCUCUGCAGCUGAACGUGGCGGCAUGUCAGCAUGGCAUGGCGGAGUAUGCACGGGCCAUAGAAUGGGCGGACAAGGUGCUCACGGAGCAGCCCAACCACUCAAAAGCACUCUACCGGAGAGCAUUAGCUCGCAUCCACUCCGCUGCCUUUGAUGAAGCCAGGGCUGACCUCCAACGGAUGGUUAAGGCAGACCCAUCCACACAGGCAGAUGCCACUGCUGCUCUCGCCAAGCUCAAGAAGAUGGAAGAGGAGGCGGAGGGUCGGCAGCGCAGAGAGCUGGGCGGAUGGUUCGACCGCAAGCCAGGCAGUCUGACGGCUCACGACCCCCACCCCUCUGCUGAUGCUGCUGCUGCUGCUGUUACUGGUGACUCUGUGGCAACUGGUGCUGCUGGUAGUGGUGCUGCAAGUGGUGGUGGUAGGGAUGGUGGUAACCCACCGGUGUUGUCGCAGGCAACGAGCAGAGCUGUGCAGCGGGCGGCGCGGAAGGCAGCAGCCGCUCUGUCUGGGGAUACAGCUACCGAGUCGGUGUUGCAACGGGAUUCCGUCAAUUGGCAUUCCGUCAGUUCGAAUCACAUGGCGCUCGAUUGGGCCAAAGCGUUGCGCCAGGCGGCCAAGAUCCGCUCAUCCGCGCACCACCAGUGGAGCCCCGACUGCGCGGCGACGGAAAGCAGCGGGCUUUCCGCCGGUGGCGGGCUUUCCGCCAACUCUCUCCCCGCGUGCCCCGCGCCGUGGGCGCUCUCCCCCGCCACCCCCUCGUCGUCCACGUCGGAGGGCGACAGUGCCGUGACGGUUACCAACGGAUGCAAGCCUUUCGCUGCGGCGAAAAAGCUCUCCGUCUCGCUUUCCGCGCAGCCAUCCGCGCAGCUCUCCGCGCAAGCCCCCACCCCCGCCCGCCGCGCAAGCUCACGCCGCGCCAGACAUGCAGCACCGAUGCAAGUUCCGCCACUAGCCAGUCCUUCGACGGGUAGUUGCUCCUAUAGCGGGCGUGGGGCGGCGGCGGCGGAAGCCGCGAGUCCGCGGAGCGCUUCGUGGUUGGGCGCGGCGGUCGAGACCCCGCGGGGAGCCAGCGGAGCGCCGCCGGCCUUCACGGCGGUGUCGCCCUUGCUUCUUCCGCCGAGUGCCGCGAAUGGCGCAGCGGAUGUCCCCGCCGUUCACCUCUCCUCUUCGCGCAAAGCAGCUCUCGCUCGACGCGCAAAAAGACCCGUUUCUCCCCCUGCAGCUGCUGCCGCCGCGUCGCCAUCCGCGGCGGAGGUGGAGACGGCGCUCAAUGAUUGGUUGACGAAUGUUCUUGCGCCGGCUCUUGCGGCGGGUGGGGCGGCAAGCGGCAAUGCGGCUGCGGCUCGGGCACCAAGCAAUAAACCGUUCACUGAUAUGUCUGCCGGUUUCCAACUUGCAUCUUCCGCAUCCUCCUCCAUUGCGCCUCCCCCGCCUUUUUCCGCGUCCCCGGCCAAUAGGAUCGCGGAGCAGCUGGUCGGGCAAUGGCGGAAGGCGCAACAGCUUCCCCGCGCGCCCGCAUCCUCGCCACCUGCUCCGGCGGUGGUGCAGGCGCCGGCGGAAGCGCCCGCGCCGUUCCUGGCCCGACCGUCCUUCCCCCGAACGUCCUGCUCCGCCUCAGCCCCAUCCCCGUUCGGCGGAUCGCAGUGCAGCCCGAUCGCCCCGCCUCCGCCAGUCGCACAGGCUGGCAAUGCGCCCGCGCAUGUGCCGGCGCAUGCGCCAGUGCACGCGCCCGCGCAGCCCUUGUCUCCGCCUGAGGCGCAUUCCGUGCGCGGAGGCAACGACUCGCCGGAAGACGCCUUCUGUCCGCUCGCCUUCCUGGCAGGCGACCUUGACGAGUGCGAUCAGGUGAAACCUCAGGUGAUUCCGCAAGACGUGGCGGAUGCGAAGGGGAAGCUGUCUGGAGAUGGGGGGAUGGAGGGCUGCGCGGGUUUGUUUCUCUCCGCCGCCCAUGACUUGCGGGGCGCGGCGCAGACCGGAGGGGUGAAAUGCGCGGAGGAAGGGGAGUCCCUGGAGGAGCUAGCCGCACAGGAUAUUGACUGGCAGUCCCUGCUUGCACCCUGGGAGCCGGCUUCAGGUGGUUCUUCAGGUGCUCCGGAUUCGGAAGUCGCAGACCCAGUUGAAAACAGCAGUGGAGUUGCAGCGGUGGAAAAUAACGGGCCCAAUGAUUGCCCUACGGCGAACAGUCAAGUGGUUGCUACAGGAGACGGUGACCUGGCGCCCAUGUGGCAUGCUGACGUGGCGGAUCUGUGCAUGGGAGUGCCAGCAUGGAUUUCGCAUGAGGAUAUGGACGGUCUGCACCAGUGGGACUCCCACAGCUAUGAGGAGGAGCAUCUGCACUUGGCUAAGCGCCAACGCUUAGUCUAA